AUGGAGUUCAGACGCAGGGCCGAACUUUCUCUGCAACCCCUGUCAAAACCUCCCAAGGAGUCGCCCCACGCAGCCGAGUCGGUGCUGGCGCUCCUGGAGUGCGGCCCGGCCUGCGCGUGCAGGCACGGCAGCGGCGCGGGCGGCUGCCUUGCACGCACCACGCAGCGCGGCGUGCGCGUGCGGCUAGCCGUCGCGCCCGUCCCAGGCAAGGGCUGGGGCGUGCGUGCGCUGGAGCCGCUGCCCCGGGGCGCCUUUGUCUGCGACUACACCGGGGAGUACCUCAACACCAGCGACGCGCGCGCCCGCCUCGCCGCGUACGACGCCGCCGGCGCGGGCCACGCGCUGCUCGUCGCGCGUGUCGUGCUGCCGAGCGCGACGAGCGCGCUGCGGCUGAACAUCGACGCGACGCGGCGGGGGAACGUGGCGCGAUUCGUCAACCACAGCUGCGACGGCGGGAACCUGGAGGCCGUGCUGGUGAUGGCCAAGGGGGAGCUGCUGCCGCGCGUGGCGCUGUUUGCGGCGCGGGACAUAGCGCCUGGCGAGGAGCUCACCUUCAGCUACUGCGGCCGCAGCAAGGCGGCCGCGCCAGCGGGCGGCGGCGCCGCGGGCGCCGCGGACCGGGCGCGUGGCGCGGGUGCGGCGGCGGGCGGGCGGCAGCAUGCGUUCACGCCGUGCGCCUGCGGCACGCCGGCCUGCUACGGCUUUCUGCCCAGUGAGUUUGUUUGA